UAUUGUGCUGAUUUUUUUUAACAGAUCGCAGUAUGAGUCCUACACCCUGGAUUAUAACUGGAGUUUGGUUUCUAUCCUUCAUUGUCUGUAGCCAAACAAAUUAUGCAGCUUCCUUCUUUCCAACCUGUGCAACAGCUAACCGAAGAGCCAGUACUAUCAUUCGUGACCGAGCCUUUAAGCAGGGCUAUGAGGAAGAGUUUGACACAUCAAGAUCAGAAGCAAAAAAGUCAGCUCGUGAUGACUAUACGAGACGGGUUUGUCCACAGAGAAUGAAAAAAGAAAUUGGCAAGUGCGACCUUCAACAGGUUAGACCAAAGGCCCUAGAAGAAGCAAAUCAGAUCAAGAUAGAUGCAAUAGCAAAAGCACAGGCUGCAAAAAUUAGAGAUUUGAGAUCAGAGAUUGACUACUGCAGUGCUGUUUCUGCUGCUAACUGUAAUAGUGAACGCCUCUGUUUCGAAAGGAAUGGCAGAUGUAUUCCCAGAUCAUUAGCAAUCUGAAUGUUCACAGUUACUAUGUAAACUGAAAAUCUUUUGCCUCAAUCUUUAUUUCUAUAAAUAAAUGAAACUCCUCUAUU